AUGGCUUCUUUCAAUCAGAUCACAUCUGGUUUACAGUUGCAAACUGGAAUAGAGCGACCAAGUAAGCCUUUUUUAAUUGGAAUAGCUGGCGGAACAGCAUCGGGAAAGUCGUCUGUAUGUGCCAAAAUUAUUGAGCAGCUGAAGCAUAUUGACAGUGAUGGACAAAAAGUUGUGAUAAUUAGUCAAGAUUCAUUUUAUCGAGAUCUCAAUGAAGAGGAGAAAAAAAAAGCAAGCAAAGGAGAGUUCAAUUUUGACCAUCCAGAUGCAUUUGACUAUAGCAGAAUGUUGCAGGCUUUGAAAGAUUUAGCUGCUUCCAAGUCAACGCUUAUCCCUAAAUAUAACUAUAUUUCUUGUGCAAGGGAAGAAGGUGGUGAUUUACUUGAACAACCUGAUGUAAUUUUUGCUGAAGGAAUUCUGACCUUUUAUUUUAAGGAAAUACGUGACAUGUUUCAUAUGAAAUUAUUUGUUGACACAGAUGCUGAUACUAGACUUGCAAGAAGAGUUGCAAGGGAUGUCCAAGAACGAGGAAGAGACCUUGAACACAUUCUCAAUCAGUAUACAACUUUAGUGAAACCAGCCUUUGAGGAGUUUUGCUUACCAACCAAAAAGUAUGCUGAUGUCAUAAUUCCAAGAGGAGCUGAUAACAUAGUGGCAAUUGAUCUCAUUGUUCAGCACAUUCAUGAACUUUUGCGGCCAAGUAAAAACCAUUUUUUUUCUCUACCUGAUGUCUCAGAAUCUUUAUAUGGGUGCCACUAG